UGGGGAAUCCGUAGUCUACAUUCUGAAAACAGCUACUGUAGGAUCCAGAAUAAUCUGUAGCUAGCAGCUGCGUUUCUUUUGCAAACGCAUAGGCUGCCAUCCCUUACGCUUCAUUGUCAAGGACGGGGUGGGGGGUUGGGGGAAGAGAGAGAGUGAGUGAGAUUUUGCUUUGCUAUACAGAUAGGUACAUGAGGCAUUACCAGUGUGUUUCUUUAAAGAGUAGUUAGCGCAUCCAUUUGUGUUUUUUAUUCUUAAUGCUUUUUGACAGCAAUCUGAAUUGUAUUAGUGAAGUCGGGGAAGGGAGGGGUAGCUACAUGCUGCUUAUUGGCCAUAAAUGUCAAUGCCCUGAAAUAACAGGAAUCUAUAUGAGACUUUCAGGUAGGGAAAUGUAGGCGGUUUGCUCACAGGUUUGUUGAGCAGGUCUAGGUAGCAUAUGGAUUGUGGAAGGGCAGAACUAUCCAAUCCAUUCAUCUUGCCAAGAAACCAGGGAGCCAGUGCCUUUUCAUAUGCAAAGAAAUCUCUCUCUCUGUUCCUGCAUUUCCUCUGUCCAAGUGAGCUUAGGUGGCUGCUGCAAUCUUCAAAACCAUAAGGGAGAGACAAGGGAGCAGCCCUUUGCUAAAGAGGCCUGGAAUUGAAAAUGAAAAAGUGCUCUCCUUAAAAGGCUUUUAUAGGAAAGAAGAGAUCUGUAACGUGGCUCUUUAGAGGAAGAGGGGGAAAGGGGGAGUGAGAUGCCCAUACUGUAGGUUUGCAACGAAUAACUGUACGUGGAGAGGAAAAAAAAUAGAUUGUAGAAGCAAAGUAAGAGUGCAUUUCCAAAAUAUAAAGCCUGGAUUGCUUUCGAGAGGAAAAGCAGAAAAUAUUAACAGGGAGAGCCAUUGCAAGAGAAGCUACUGCAUUUUCAUUUGCUAACCGGGCUCCUGACUCCACGGCUCCCUUGCCUGGCAGGAGAAGGAAAUAGCUAGACUAGGUAUUCUGCAGGUCUAAAGAAAUCCAAAAUGCGCUGUUCGGAAAACGCAGCCUCCAACAUGCUGUCUCUUUUGCUGCUUUGCUCCGUGCCUCUUCUACAAGGCCUGCCCCUCUGGGAAAAUGAUGAUGUGGUCCCUGCCACCCCCUCCCCACAGCUGGAGGCCCUGUCGCCAGAGACCAUGGGGGAACCCAAAGAGGAGGAACUGGGGGCCUCAUCUGAGGUGAGGGGGUCCUUGCCCCCUAACCCUGAAGGCCUCUCUGACUUUCUGCAGGGGGCCCUGCUGAGGAAGGAGUUUCUGGGGGGCGAGUUGUUGGAAGAACCCAUCCCCGGAGGUAGUCCUUCUACCUUGCCCCCAUUCCACCCCCCCAUCCAGCACCUGGAUGGUGGGAUGGUCCCCGAGAUGUCUGAAGCUGCAGCCACAGGCCCUUCCCCUUUGACCACUGCGGCACCCCCCACCGGCUUCUUGCUCACAACCCCACCAGCUUCCACGGCGGCUGCUCCCCCCCGCCUUCCCCCUCCAUCUGAUGAGACAGGGUCUGCCAGCCACCACAUCUCUGCUACCACCACAGCCUUCAUCCCUGAGAGUGAUGAGGAGACCACAACCACGCUGAUCACUACAACAACCAUCACGACAGUGCACACGCCAGGAGUACUUUGCAACAACAACAUAACUGACGUGGAAGGCUAUGUUGAAUCUCCAGAUUAUUCUGGGGCCACUUUCUAUGGAGGCCUGGAUUGCACUUAUACGAUCUCUGUUUACAUGGGCUAUGGGAUAGAAGUACAGGUGCAGAGUUUAAACCUAUCAAAGGAGGAUUCACUGACUGUGGAAGGUCUGGGAGGGGAGAAGCCCGUUGUCUUGGCCAAUGAAUCAUUGAUGGUUGAGGGCCAAGUGAUCCGUAGCCCAACCAACCAGUUGUUGAUACACUUUCAGAGUUACCACACCACCACACCUGGAAUCUUCAAAUUCCACUACCAAGCUUUUCUGCUCAGCUGCGGAUUCCCCAGCCGACCUGAGAAUGGGGAUGUGACGGUUACUGACCUCCAUCCAGGUGGUUCUGCCACUUUUAAGUGUGAAUCAGGCUUCCACUUGCAGGGAGAAGAGACACUCAUCUGCCUCAAUGUAAGCCGCCCUCGCUGGAGUGGCACCAGUCCUGCAUGUGUGGCUUCCUGUGGAGGAACAGUUCACAAUGCCACUCGUGGCCGUAUUGUGGCUCCUGAGGCGCCAGGUGGGCCUCGCGGUGGUCGGAACCUGACGUGCCGAUGGCUGGUGGAGGCUCCCGAAGGCCAGCGGCUGCACCUGCACUUUGAGAGAGUGGCCCUGGAUGAGGAUAAUGACAAGCUAAUGAUCCGCAGUGGGAGCAGUGCCUUUUCCCCCAUCAUCUACGACUCCGACAUGGACGACGUUCCAGAACGAGGGUUGCUGAGUGAUGCCCAGUCGCUCAUUGUGGAGCUGACCAGUGAAGGCCCUGCUACACCUCUCAUCCUGAGCCUGCGCUAUGAAGCUUUCGAUGAAGACCGGUGUUAUGAACCCUUCCUGGCCCAUGGCAAUUUCAGUACGUCAGAUCCUUUGUAUCGUGUGGGGACGGUGGUGGAGUUUGCCUGCAGUGCCGGCUACAUGCUUGAGCAAGGGCCUUCUGCCAUUGAGUGCAUUGAUUCAAGAGACCCCCGAUGGAAUGAGAGUGAACCCACUUGCAAAGCAUUGUGUGGUGGGGAACUCUCUGAACCAACAGGUGUAGUACUGUCCCCUGACUGGCCCCAAUCCUAUGGGAAAGGCCAGGACUGUGUCUGGGGCAUCCGGGUGCAGGAGGAGAAGCGAGUAUUGCUGGACAUUGAGAUCCUCAACAUCCGCAAGUCAGAUGUGCUGACUAUCUUUGAUGGAGGAGACUUAACGGCUCGAAUCCUCGGCCAGUACUUGGGCCCCCAUCCUCGCUUCAGCCUCUACUCUUCUGGCCCAGCGGUUACUCUCCAGUUCCAGUCAGAUCCCGGGGACCCCCUCUUUGGCCUCAGCCAGGGAUUCCUGGUGCGAUACAAGGAGGUUCCACGCAACGACACGUGCCCAGAACUGCCCGAGGUGGAGUUUGGUUGGCGCACAGCUUCGCAUGUCGCCGUCAUCCGUGGCACAGUGGUGACGUACCAGUGCGAGCCAGGUUAUGACAUUGUGGGAUCAGAUAUCCUCACUUGCCAAUGGGACCUGUCCUGGAGCAACAGUCCUCCCACUUGCCAGAAGAUUGUGAACUGCGCUGAUCCUGGAGAAAUAAGCAACGGCAAACGUAGUGUCUCAGACCGACGUUUCUCCAUCGGUUCCCACGUCCAGUAUUUCUGUCACGAGGGCUACGUGGUGGAAGGGAGCAGCACCCUGACUUGCUAUAAUCGGGACACAGGCACCCCCAAAUGGAGCGACCGAGUGCCCAAGUGUGUCUUGAAAUAUGAGCCCUGCCUGAAUCCUGGCGUCCCAGAGAAUGGGUACCAAACCCUUUACAAGCACCAUUAUCAGGCAGGGGAGUCCCUGCGUUUCUUCUGCUACGAGGGAUUUGAGCUCAUUGGUGAGGUGACAAUCACCUGCAUACCAGGGCAUCCAUCCCAGUGGACCAGCCAGCCCCCACUGUGCAAAGUGGCCUAUGAGGAGUUACUCGAUGGACGGAAACUAGAAGUCACUCAAACGACGGACCCUUCCCACCAGAUGGAAGGGGGCAACAUUGCCCUGGCGAUCUUCCUGCCCAUCAUCCUGGUUAUCCUUCUGAUUGGCGGAAUCUACAUCUAUUACACCAAGUUCCAAGGGAAAACCCUCUUUGGUUUCUCGUUUUCCAGUUCCCACAGCUACAGCCCUAUCACUGUUGAGUCUGAUUUCAACAACCCUCUCUAUGAGGCUGGGGACACCAGAGAAUAUGAAGUAUCCAUCUAGAAGACUUUAGAGGAUCUGCGUUCUUCCCCCAACCCAAGCGGGUUUAAGCAACAGCGACGAACGAUUCCUGUUUAGGAGGGAACAGUGGAAAGUGGUUUUGGGGGGGCCUUGAGGAAAUGGAGGGAGAGAGGGAGUUUCUUCUCUCUAACCCACAGAUUGAGCUUUCUCCCUUUCUCUCCAUGUUGCUGCCUCACUGUUCACUCCCAGCUUUGGAUGCUCUCCACUCCCCCAACCCUUUGUGAAUACCCUCUUCAAUGUGCCAAACGUGUUUCUCACAGACAAACACAAACACACACACGCACACAUUUUCCUGCUUAAUCUCUUUGUUUACAUUUAUUUAUUUAUUUACUAAUUUAUUGUUCUGUCCCUCCCUUGAUUUAUUAUCUCCUUCAGGAUUGAGAGGAAAAGAGACGUUGGACCUCAACCCUUUCUUUCUUCCUUACCUUGUUUCUCACUCUUUUUCUAAGAAGCUGGAUAUUAUAGGUGCUGCCAUUUAAAUAAAAAUAUCUGUGAAGAAGGUUGUACAGUAAUGUCACUGAAAAAAACAGCAUAUUGUCUUGGCAGGAGACAAUAACGAGCUUAAUCCUAAAGUUAGUGGCCAAGAGUGUGAAAAGAAACAACUGGUAAGAGACAUAAAAAGAAGUAGACACUCCAGUAAAGAACCCAUAUAUGGCUCUACUUGUUAAUGGAAGCAAGUCCCGUUGAACUCGGCAGAAUGAACAGCCACUAAGUUUCCAUAGAAUUGGGAAUGUUAAAUUAUACAGUAUCUUCUAGAAGAAACCCAGUAUUUACCAUUUGAGAAAGAGAAGAGCAGGGUCUCAGAACUCUGGGCUUCGUCUUGGUAGCUUAUGGCUGGAUUUUGUAAAAGGCCUAUGAAAUGAAUUUGUGUUGACCUACAUAAAAAGAAAGAAAGAAAUCAGCAUGUAUACUUUUGAAGGAAUUUGUCAAGGCAUACACAGUGUGCAACAGGUGAGGGGCAUCAAGCCCUACAGUAUUGGAAGAUCUUGCAAAAACUAAGAAUUGUACUAGCAGCUUUUAUAUUGCAAUCCUAUGCCUAUUAACUUGCAAGUAAGCCCUGUUGUAUUCAGUGGAGCUUGCUCUCAGGUAAGCAGGCACAGGAUUGAACUAAACUGCCUACAAAAGGCUUUCUGAUUGUACAUCUGCAGCUCUUCUUCUGAAACUCCAAUCUCCACCUCUCCCAACACCACAAAACUCCAGAAAAUGUGAAUUAUGUAUAUGUAUAUAAAUAAUCGAUUUCUGGGCCCUACAGAAAGAUGCUUGCUAGAACUUUCAAAAAAACUGUUUGGACAGGCAGCACCAUGUCAGUUAUUUCAUUACCAGCAUGGGGGUGAGGGCUGUUGAGUCAUUCAGAUUUUCUGUCUGAGACUGAAGCAUAAAUAAGUUGUUCCUCUAAAUACAAAUUGAAACUCCAGCAUCUUAGAACAAGUCUCCCCUAGAAAAAGAUGCACACCCAGAAAUCCAUUUGUUGAUAUUGGUUCAAAAAGAGAGACUUUCACUCUUGAACCCCUUUUGUUGUACAAAGAUUGGUUUCCUCUUGGCCAUAUUCUUUUCAUUUUAAUGUCUGUGUACAGGAUAAAUUUCCAGUGGGGUUUACACAUGGGCCCUAGUUUUCUGGCUUCUACAUGUCUGAUGUCAGCAUGUGAAAGGAAACAUUUUCCACCAUUUCCACCUUUCAAAAUUAUAAUGCAGGAUGAAAAUUAUUCCCUAAGCAAAGGUCAUUUUGUUACUAAGCAAAUUCCUCUAGUAAUAAAACACGGAACUGUAAUGAUUAAGGUAUACAGGUACCUUUUAAAGAAUAGGCAGACUAUAAUAUUUAUGUCUCUCACGAAGAAUAAAUCAUUGAAAGCCACCAAUAACUUCACAUAUGCUUUUAAGAAUGAUUGUACCAAUAUUCAUUAUUUUUAUUAUAGUUUGUCAUCUUUUUAAAGAAAAAAGUGGAUAUUUCCCUAAUUGUCUAGUAUGCUUACAAAAAAGUUUAACAAUAAAAUAGCUGGAGGCUGAAGUAGCCUCUUCAUACUGUCCCUUGAAUGAUAAAGCAAGGAAAGAUACUUAAUUUUUAAAAAGUAUAUUAACAGUUUUGAAGAUUUAUUUUCUUUUAAAGCCGAUACGUUCACCAUGUCAUUUUACUAAGAAAAUUCCUUGUAGAUUUAGUAUUAGAGUACUGCUUUGUGGGUUAAUGAGAGAAGGGCAUCUGACCUAAACAACAGCAACAAAAUAACUUUUUCGGGGGGCAACUUCUUUUUAAUUAUUAGAAGGAAAAGUCUGUAUUUUGUGGCUUAUCUAAGGAUCAUUGAGAGGCCUUUUGUGUGUCUUGUCCCUUAAAGUCUUGAAUAAAAUAGACAGCAAGAUCCAUAGUGCCAAAAUGUAUAGAGGUAAUGUUUUAAGAAACCAAGUCAUGGAAAAAA